AUGAAUUUCUUCGGCACUGCAGGCCCGAAGAACAAGCCUGUCAUCAAAACCGUUACCGUCUCUGUACCCGUCAAGAGGAUCGUGAAACCUGCUGCUGCCCCGUCACGGCCUUCACCACUUCCGAAGCGUCCUUCGCAACAGUCGACGACAAGAGAUAGGCUAUCAGCACCGAAAGAGCCCAAAGACAGGGUCAGGAGGGUCGUCAAGCGCAAGGCAUCGACACCCACACAAGUCUUCAGCGACGAUGACGACGAUAGCGGCCUGGAAAGUAGUGCUUCCUCGGUCGAUGCAAGGAAGCGCAUCAAGUCGCGUGCCACCUCCGAGGACCCCAAUCGCAAGCUCGAGGACUCCAGACUGCGCAAGGAUGAAGGCCGCUUCGACUAUGUCUCUGGCGCUUCUCUGGUCGCUGGAGAUCUAGCCAAGUCGUACAAGCCCGUCUUUCCUGGAAGCACUCCGACCGCAGUCAAACUGCAAUAUCCUGGUUUAUGCAUACCUGAAAAAUUCACUCUGGUCAAGAACGGUGUACAGCAAGACUACCAACCCCUGGAUGACAUCAGAGAGACAAUCAAGUACAUCUGCCAGAAUUACUUCCCCGAAAACCUCGCCCAAAAACAUCUUGAUGAUGAACAUGGUUUCGAACGCCGCCUGCUCCGCGCAGCAAGCAAGGGUUCCAAGGAAGACUACGUUAGCACCAUACAAGACUUCAACACGAUGCUUGUAAAGGCGAAAAGAGACGGAACAAUCAGCAAUGAGCUGUCCACAAAGCAUAGUUUGACUCUCGAAUGGAUUCAGCGCAUUCUUGAUCAAAUCUACACUCGUACAGUCUCGCCUCAAGUCGACAGUCUCAAGGCCUAUCAAAACGGCACCGACAACGUCUAUGGCGAAUUGUUACCACCGCUCGUCUCGGAAAUGCUCAACAUGGCCGAACUCAAAUCCGACCACGUAUUUGUUGAUCUGGGUUCUGGCGUCGGCAAUGUCUGUCUACAGGCUGCUCUCGAGACUGGCUGCGAGAGCUGGGGUUGCGAAGUCAUGGACAACCCAUGCAAGCUUGCUGACCUACAAGCCAAAGAGUUCCCUGCUCGCGCGCGCAUGUGGGGCCUUUCUGUAGGCAAGGUACACCUGCUUAAGGGCGACUUUCUUGCAAACCAGAAGAUUGGCGAAGUCCUCAAGCGCGCCGACGUUGUCCUCGUCAACAAUCAAGCUUUUAGCCCAGAUCUCAACAGCAAGAUUAUGGAUCGCUUCCUGGACCUCAAGGAUGGAUGCCGCAUCAUCAGUCUCAAACCAUUCAAGCAAGAAGGCUACGAAAUCAGUGAUCGUAACCAACACGACCCUCGACAUCUACUCGUAGACGAACGUAAACUGCCAUUUUACUCCAAGUGUGUAAGCUGGACCGAUGCGCCUGGCGAAUAUCACAUUGUACGCAAGUCACCCGAGCGUCUGAAGCAAUUCAUCGAACAGACACAAGGGGCCCUACGACCUCGAAGGAGCUAA